GCAAUAACAUAAUGGAAUAGCAGAAAUACUCAUAUUUAUAGAGUUUUUUACAAUUAGUGAGUUAAACAUGAAUAUUGUGAUAUUCGGUUCUGUUUUAACACUACUGGCUGGAGCUGACAGUAAAAACAUUGUUCCUUAAACCCGCUCUGUUAAUGAGAAACACAAUGUUAUGCUACAUUCCGGUUCCUCAGGUAUCGCUAGAUUAGCCAUGACCGUUAUUUCUAAUAAACACCACAUUGUAUAAAUAAAUUUCAUAAGUUUGUAGACACGACCGAAACACAAUGGAUGACAAGUACAGCAGUAAUGUCAUAUCGAGUGGAAAAUUGGGGCUUGUUGAAGUCCCAAAUGCCAGAUUAACCAGAUACAUAGUAUUGUUGUUCUUCACCAAGUUGUUAAAGGCUUUGGGAAUUUUUGAAUCCUAUGACCUCCUCAAGGUUGUACAUAUUGUGCAAUUUCUCUUCAUUCUUAAACUGGGAUGUGCAAUGGUUUUACUUUUUUUUCAAAAACCUUUUUCGUCAGGAAAAAUGGUCACCAAAAGACAGUGGAUCAGAAUUCUCAAACAUGCAGUCAUCAGCUGUGUGAUCUCUCUUUUGGGGUUUUUUGGCCUUACACUUUGUGGACCUCUAAGGACAUUGCUCUUAUUUGAGCACAAUGAUGUGGUUGUCAUUGCGCUCCUUAGCGCUCUCUUUAUCUCGUCUGAAGGAAGUCCCUCCAAGACAAGAGGUGCAGUAUUCUUCAUCAUUGCAGUGAUCUGCCUUCUGCUUUUUGAUAACGACGACCUCAUGGCAAAAAUGGCAGAGCACCCUGAGGGUCAUCAUGACAGUGCUCUCACCCAUGCAAUAUAUAGAGGGAUCUCAUUUUUAGGUGUAGCAGACCAUAAAGGUGGAGUUGUGUUGCUCGUCUUGGCUUUGUGUCUGAAGGUGGCCUUUCAUACACACUCCAGAAAGCUGUCGGUAGAGAUUGGGGGAGCCAAGCGCCUGUACGCUCUUUCCAACCUGGUGUCCUCUGUGUUGCUGCUGCCCUGGGUUAUUGUGCUGUCUGCCACUACUGAGAACAAGGUCGAGUCUUGGUCCAGCCUGAUUUUGCCCUUUGGCUUGAUUGUGUUCUCUGUGAUGAUCCUGGACUUCUACGUGGAGUCGAUCUGCACGUCUAAACUGGAAGCCCCGCACUGCGCCCGCUAUGGCUCCUUCUUCCUAUUCAUUAGCGGUCUGCUUCUGGCUAACUUCUGGACACACCCAUUUACAGACCAGCUACGAUCCAUAGGCAAGAGUGGCCAACAGACCAGCACUGAACAUGUGCUCUCCGGAGGAGUGCUGAUUAGCGCUUGCUUCUUCAUCAUGUCCGACAGUAUACUGUCCUCUCCAUCUAAAAAAGGACAGAAGGGAACACUGGUGGGAUAUUCUCCUGAGGGAACCCCUCUGUAUAACAUAAUGGGCGACGCUUUGCAGCACAGCUCCCAGUCCUUACCUCGCUUUAUUAAAGACUCACUAAAGCAGAUUCUGGAGGAGUAUGAUUCCAGGCAGAUUUUCUACUUUCUCUGUCUAAACCUGGCUUUUACUUUUGUGGAGCUCUUUUAUGGUGUGUGGACCAACAGCCUUGGUCUGAUCUCAGACGGGUUCCACAUGUUGUUUGAUUGCUCUGCUCUGGUUCUGGGACUGUUUGCUGCCCUUAUGACCAGGUGGAAAGCAACUAGAAUAUACUCUUAUGGGUAUGGCCGGGUUGAGGUUCUCUCUGGAUUUAUUAAUGGUUUAUUCCUAAUGGUCAUAGCUUUCUUCGUAUUUGUGGAAUCCAUAUCCAGACUCAUCGACCCUCCUAAUAUCAACACAGUCAUGCUAGCGCCCGUGUCUGUGGGUGGACUGAUUGUGAACCUGUUGGGCAUCUGUGCUUUCAGCCAUGCCCACUCCCAUGGGGCUUCUAAGGGCAGCUGCUCAGGUCAUGAGCAUGGCCACUCGCACCAUGGACAUGGGCAUGGAGACCAUGGGCAUGGAGGUCAUGGACACAGCCACGGGGGCCACGGUCACUCUCACGGUCAUGGCCACUCCCCCGGCUCUGGAGGAAGAGGCAUGAAUGCUAAUAUGAGAGGCGUCUUUCUGCAUGUACUGGCUGAUACCCUGGGUAGCGUUGGUGUCAUCAUAUCCACAAUCCUGAUCAGUCAGUUCGGCUGGCUGAUAGCGGACCCCAUAUGCUCUAUGUUCAUCGCCGUACUCAUCUUCCUCAGCGUCAUUCCACUGAUAAAGGAUGCCUGUGAAGUCCUUCUGCUUAGGACUCCACCCGACAAUGAAAAGGACCUCAAUUUUGCUCUCGAAAAGAUUCAGAAAAUAGAAGGCGUCCUGUCUUACCGUGACCCACACUUUUGGAGACAUUCUGCCAGUGUCAUCGCUGGCACCAUUCAUCUUCAGAUUAUGUCUGAUGUGGUGGAGCAGAGAAUUAUUCAGCAGGUGACUGCUGUGUUAAAGGAUGCUGGUGUGAAUAACUUGACAGUGCAGGUGGAGAAGGAGGCUUAUUUCCAGCACAUGUCUGGCCUAAGCACAGGAUUCCAUGAAGUUCUGGCAAUGACACACCAGUUGGAGUCUAUGAAAUAUUACAAGGAUGGCACAUGUAUUAUGUAAACAGUUGUGUAAAAUAUUAGUCAUUUGCUUUGAAUUAAAUUUUUUAUGUAGUUAA